UAGUAGGCAGACACAGAUGAAAGUGGAAUGAAAGAGAAAAAAAAAAAAAAAGAGUAGUUGCUACUGCUGAGGUCUGACAGGCACACACAGAGCCAAAAACAGACACAGGGACGACCGCCAAGCCACCCUCCUGAGCCUGCUCUGACCCGCCGCCUCUGCUCUCUCUUAUUCACCUGUCCAGUUUUGAGCGUGGUCCAUCCCCUACCCUCCCCUCCCAAUAUAUCUAAAUUCAAUAGCUAAAGCUCUCAUCCUUCUUCAGUUCUCAGAGACUUUUCUUUGUUUUAUUUUGUUGGGUUUGGUUUUGCUUCUUGGGGGGCUCUGAAUUGCAGCAUAUCUGAAUGAAAAGCUCCCACAGAUUAUUGAGACCUCUCCUAUCUGGGUUUUGUGCUCAUCCGACACCCCGUUUUCGGUCCUCUGUUCAAAUUACAGUAAAACAAAGAACAAACAAGAAAGCAGGUAGGUUAGUGGGAACGAGAAAGAGGCAUGCCUAUGCACAAGGAUAACGACCGCCCUUUGUUUUGCAGUGAGAGUCUUUAGAUUCUCAAGGCUCAGCGAGACACGUUGAGCCUCUUAUCUCACAAAAACGCUCUAAUUUAGCCUUCCCCUUAUAAUCUGCGUGUUCCAUAAAGCUGCAAAUCCCAUCAAGCAAGAGCACAGCAGCAAAAGAAAGAAAAGUUUAUAGGGAGAUCAUCAUCAAACACCAGCUGGGGCUUGUUCAGAAGAUGGAUCAGCAAAAUCCAGAUCAGAGGUUGAAGCCAACUUUACAGACUGAGAACCAGCAGCAGCAGCAGCAAAACCAGCAACCUCAGAAGUGUCCUCGCUGUGAGUCUCUGAACACCAAGUUUUGCUAUUACAACAAUUACAGCCUCUCUCAGCCGCGCUACUUCUGCAAGACUUGUAGAAGGUAUUGGACCCAAGGCGGGACCCUCAGGAACGUCCCUGUCGGCGGAGGCUGCCGGAAGGGGAAGCGUCCCAAGACUAACUCAUCAUCAUCAUCAUCUCCCUCUCUGCAGCCACAGGCGCAGGCACAGGCACCACAACAAGACCAGCAAACAGUGAAAAACUUGGCCACAACAAGCCCAAGUUCUAAUCUUGAGGCUAUAGAGAGCACUAGUAAUUUGGCUUCUCACCAUCAGUACUAUCCUGGGGUUACUGGGUAUUUGUCAUCUUAUGCAGCAAUUCAAUCUCUGAAUCAGUCACAGCCCUUCAACGUUGAGGGCCAUGAUCAACUGGGAGGAGGUGCAUCCUCAAAUAUGAGCCUGCUGCAGGGGUUCAAUGUUUCAGCUCCUUUUGGCCAAUUUUAUCAAGCUGGCAACACUAAGAGCGGCAUGGUGGACCAAACGGCUCUGUUUCCAUCUGAUCAAGAGGGCUUAUUGAUUCAACCAACCAGGCCUUCUGCUGCUAGUGACCAUGACUGGCCUCAUCAGAGCUUCAACAUCAACAGAUCAUCUGCUAAUGCUUCUUCUGCAGCUUCUGAAAGCGCUUUGUGGGCCACCACCACCUCUGGUAACAUGAACACCAGCACCACCACCAGCGCUGGGCCUUCUCUGAACCCAAGCCAGUGGCCUGAUCUACCUGGAUCAUAUGGCCCUCCUAAUUGAGACUUUUCAAGCAUGUGCAUUUCUUGCAGCAGCUCCCUCAACCUCCAGAGAGCGUACAGCAUAUGGCAAUUAAUUAUCUAUCUGCAUAUGGAUGGAUCUCAUCUCAGCCCAUGUUCAGUUCUCAUUUCCUGUACUGUGCUAAAUUGGUUCAUUUAACUUGGUGGUUUAAGUAGGUUAUGUAUAAUCUGUGUUUUUCAUGGAGCAUAGAUAUAUAUAUUUAGAGAGAAUUUGGUGAUGUGAGUUUUCAUUGUAAAUGAAAGGAGGAGCGUAUAGCGGUCGUAAUCAUAUAUAGCCUUUUGU